AUGGUUGGUAAUACUGAGUCUACGGUUAGGGGAGCUGGGGAGCCUCAAACCACCAACAUGGCGCUCCACGAUGGGUCUGACCCAGCCCCCGCCGGCCAGACGGCUACCAACGAAGGUUCGACUAUUAAAGAUGAUCUUCGCAAGCAACGUACUGGUCUUCGUCGACAGCUUGGCCGUCUGAAAGGUCAGCUCCUGAAGAUCCGGUCUGAUAUCGAUAACCUCGUGGCGGUUGAUACUCCUUCUGAUGAUGAGGCCUAUGUAGAGUUACUUAGAAGGGAAAAAGAGUCUGAAGACCGCAUUGAGGCAUUUGAAGUUGAUUUGGGUACGGUCCAGCAGCGGUAUGAUGAGUUAUUUCUCACCAAUCGACCAAGUAUCUUAGCUGUCAACAAGGACGAUGAUGUGAAGUCGGAUGUUAUGUCCUACGGAUCUAUUAAGGUGGAUCCUCGUCGUUUGGCUCUUGGUCCUGCUACUGUAUCACCGUUAUCUUCUACGGAUAUUAAUACCCCCAAGAAGAGGCUUUCUUCUGAGACUCUGGGAAAGAUGAAGUUUCCCUCUCUGACGGAUCCAUAUCGUCUACGAGCCCAUUUAUCUGCCUUCAUGCGGAUGACUUCAGAAGCUGGUGGUGGUGUUUACUCAACUGGCCCCGAUGGUGAGAGACUUGUGCCUCAUUCGGAGUUGGAAUGCUCGCUCACAGUUGCCCUUUUGAGCACCUUGAAGGAUAAGAGCAUGAAUGAGGCCGCUACAGAUAAAGCCAAUGAUUACCUAUAUAAGUGGCAGCCUCUAAUUGACUACCUCUACCGGCGGUAUGCCCGGAGGCCCGUGCUGAAAUCUGAGUAUCAGCGUCGCUUGAAGAUGCUCAGCUUUGAUGGAAUUGUCAGUUGUGAGGACUUCAUCAGUAAGGUUGAAGGUAUUCAUCAUAUAUAUGAUGUGGUAUUUCCCGGUGAUAACAGUGAGCUCCGAUUCAUGACGAGGACAGUGGUAUCUAAGCUUCCCCCUGACAUCGCCAAGCAAGUACUUGAGCGGGUCCGAACAACGCAUGCUACGAUGAGCGGUUCUGGAAUAGUGGCAAGUGAUGUCACCGACGAGGGCCAGGGUGUGAUUUUUGCAAGUGUUAAUUUCCAUUCCUGA